GCAUGCAUGGUUGUAACAUAGUAGUGUCACAGUAAGGCUUAUGAUAGGCCUAUUUUUUUCCCACCAUUUUUUUUGGGGGGGGGUAUAUUUAAUUUUGUGCUACCUAUACGGUAUGGGGACCUAUUUUGUUAAGGAGGGCGGGCCGACAGCACAUUGAGUUUUCGGACAGUAGACUAGUGAUGAGGACUGACCAGCCAACAGCGAGUAGCAAGUAUUCUAAUUAGCAGAUUGCACGCAGUUUUGAAGAUGGCAUGCGAGCGCCGCAAGCGCGGGACAGCCAGCAUAUCCACAAACUGAAGUCUGAGAUAUGCCGGAGCAUUUUGGAGAAAUUCUGCAGUGUUCCUGUGUCUGUGCUAGCAAACCGGUGGACACAGAUGCAAGGGCGAGGCUACAAGAAAAAAGAAGCGUCAAGGGACGGCUAUUUUGGACUUUCUAUGCAGCCACGCUCCCCCAAUCCAUGCAACGUAAUUUAAAAUUAUGUCCUUUAUAGAUUUAAAUGAUGCCCAGAGAUGGGUGCCUACACAUGUGAAUGUAACUGUCCUUCGUGCAAGGGGUUUGCGGACUAAGGGCAAGCACGGGGGUAGCCGUUAUGUUUACACAAUCAUUCAGGUGGGGAAGGAGAAAUACACCACCGGUUUGGUCGAGAAGGAAACUGUGCCAGAGUGGAAUGAGGAAUGCUGUUUCGAACUUCUACCCGGAAUACUGGAGGAUGAGGGUCGCAGUGCUUUUCCCUCAGGGAGCGGUGAUUUGGUCCUCACCAUUAUGCACCGGGUGCUUAUCGGACUUGACGUGUUUCUUGGUCAAGCAAUCCUCCCUUUGGAUAAAAUAUUUCAAGAUGGAAUGUGCCCUAGAGAUGAAUGGCUCAAACUCAGCUCCAAGGCCGGCCGGAAGGAGAAGGAGCGUGGCGAGAUGCAGGUGACGGUUCAGUUCACCCGCAACAACAUGACAGCCAGCAUGUUCGACCUAACCAUGAAGGACAAGCCACGGUCUGUCUUCGGAAAACUUAAGGACCGCGUGACGGGGAGGAAGAUCGGCGACAUGGAGUCCUCAUCAGCCAUCGUGCCGGGACGCUUCGCCGCCCUGUCGGGUUCCCUAGGAAAGCCAUUCCGAGAGGGGGACCGAGGGGAAGGGGGAGAGGGCCCCGUGGAGGUAGCCGAGGAGAAGCGGAGCAAGGUGAAGGAUUUCUUCCAGGGGAAGGGAAAGCUGCCGAGGUCGUCCGACACAAGGUCGUGCUCAUCGCUGGCCUCGGAGAGCAGCGUGUUGUCCUUGACCAGUGAGAGGCCCUGCCCCCCUCCUCUGGGCCUGGGCAUCCUGGUGGACCCUUCCAGUCCCCCCAGAUUCCCCAGCCCCCCCAUCUACAGCAACAAGGUCAAAGUUGACACCCACCACAGAGACACAGACCUAACUAAAAAAGUGCUCAACACCACACAGUCUUCCCCAAAGAUACUGACUCACAAUCGAGCCCUCAGCGACGAGGCAAUUAGGAUCACCACUACUGCCGUUCCCCAGCCCUGUCCUGCAGUGGAAUCCCUCAAGGGUCAGGGUAUGACUCUCUCCCAAUCCUCUCUGUGCAUCAACGGAAGCCACAUCUACGGAUCCGAACCAGUGGGUCCCAAGGGCUCAGGCACCCUCCCAUCCAAGCUGGUCCUCCUUGAGAAGUGCUCCCCCCUCUCUCGUUCGCUGCAGAACCUCACAAAGCGGAGCGAGGACAAUGGUUCAGCCGGCGAGGGACGGCGCUGGUCCUUCGACAAGGUGAAUAAGGAAGAGAAGUACGUGGAGAAGGAGGCCGAACCUCAUGUCUCCCAGGUUCAAAGCGCACGGGUGGGGGGUCGUCCGGUGAAGGCAGCUGCCUCAAUGCUGUCUUCCACUACCACGGUGGACUCAGCAGACAAAAGGAAAAAGCUCAGAAAGUCGUUAUUCUCCGGAGGGAGGAGUGAUUCUCUACCUGCCAAGUUGGCGCCGAGCCAGGGUUGUCCUCUCGCCGAGGGGAGACUGCGAGGCUGGUUUGGCUCCAGUGACUCCCAGAACAAGCCAAGGCUGGAAGUUUCUUCUAAGGUAGAAAGCGACUCAGACACCCCUCCCCCCUCGCUCCCCCAUUCCCACCCAGUGCUCUUCUUCCACUGGCCGUGCCUCACCCGACAGUGGCCAUCGCACUAACCCCU